AGCUUUCUUUCUGUAGCUUCUUUGUUCUGCUGCUUCUGCAAAUAUAUAGUACAAGUUAAGAAAGUACUAUAUAUUUCAGAAAACGCAAUGGCAAUUGGUUAUGGUAAUAGCUAUAUGCCAUUUGUGGCCAUGGUGUUUGUGCAAGUGUGCUAUGCAGGAAUGAACAUCACUUCAAAGCUUGCUCUGGAGGCGGAGCUGAACCCUCUUAUUCUUGUAGCUUAUCGACAAAUUUUCGCCACCGUAGCCUUAGCUCCUUUCGCUUAUUGGAUGGAAUGGAAAACAAGACCCAAGAUCACAAUGCCUAUCCUUUUCCAGAUUUUCCUAUGUUCCUUAACUGGAGCAACUGCAAACCAAGUUUUCUAUUUUCUUGGAUUGAACAAAACCACUCCAACCGUUGCUUGUGCAUUGACAAAUACGCUCCCAGCUAUGACAUUUAUCCUUGCAGUCCUUUUCAGACAAGAAUCAGCAAAAAUGAAGAGCAAGGCAGGGUUGGCUAAGGUGAUGGGAACAGCAGUGUGUGUAUGUGGAGCCAUGAUACUCUCAUUUUACCAUGGAAAAAACAUUGGUAUCGGUGAAUCCAAAAUUCACUGGAGUUAUGCUCAGAGAAUGGGACAGUCAAACUCAGGAAACAAUGCCAACUCCUUUGUUGGCCCCCUUUUAGUCAUCAUCAGCACCUUAGGUUGGGCAAUGUGGUUCAUCAUCCAAGCAACAGUGAGUGAUAGGUUUCCAGCUCCCUACACAAGCACUACAUUGAUGUGUUUCAUGGCCAGUUUGGAGUGUGGGCUCAUUGCUGUAAUUGUCGAGCAUAAUGGACGUGCAUGGUCAUUGACCAAUCCCAUGAAGCUUACUGCGAGCCUCUAUUCAGGGAUUAUGGGUUCUGCAGUAGCAUUUUUCCUCACUUCAUGGAGCAUUCAGAGGAAAGGAGCUCUUUAUGCGUCAGUGUUCAGCCCUUUGCUGCUCAUUGUUGUGGCUGUUUCGAGUUGGGCUCUGCUUGAUGAGAAAUUAUACCUGGGAACUGCUUUAGGAUCGAUCUUGAUUGUGGCCGGGCUCUAUUCUGUUCUUUGGGGGAAGACCAAGGAGACCGCUAAGAAUGAGGGCAAAGAAACAGACGCAAAUACAAAGCCAAAUGCUGCUGCCAAGGAAAUUGAGAAAAACGACUUGGAGCUGCAGCUGCCCAAGUGAGAAGAUUCACUGCUGUAUUGAAUGUUUCAUGACAUGCAUUAGCUCAAAUUAAGCAUAAUCUAUCGUAUCAUCGUCGAAUCGCCCCGGUUUUGUUUCAAAAUUGUUUCAUCAUCAUCAUCAUCAUCUCAUGUAAUGUUAGUUUAGUGUCAUUAGCAUGGUGUCUGGUCCAACGAAUUCGGUGUGUAAUGUGAUGUUUGAUUUUCUAGUGGUUUCCAAUGUAAUAUAUAUGUA